ACUGAGCCAACUCCCCCUCCCUCCUUUAGCGAAAAGCUAGAUCCGCCCCCCGGGGGCUCGUUGUAUGCUUUUGAAACGCGCUAGCCGAAACCGGGCAAAAAACCCUCAAUUAUCCCCUGCGGCUUUGCAUAGUACACUGUCCAUAACUGACCUAUAAACGUUCUGAGCUGACCUGGCGAUGUCUUCCGUAAGUAAAGCACUUCUCGUGUGUGUACCUGCUGCUUUCGCGACCGCAGUAGCUCUGUUUUACUUGAAAAAGACCCGCAAGAGAGAGUUUCGUCCCGCGGGACAUGUUUCGGGACUACCCGAUCAAGUCUUGCAAGGGAAUCCCGCUGGAUUAGGCGCAAUGUCUUCUCGAGGGUUUACGAUACGACAGGUUGGAUUUGCCAACACUGCCGCUGUAAUGAUCAACUCACAGUCAUCACUCAAAGAACUGAAUAAACAUUAUGAUGAGCCAGUCAACAUGGACAGAUUCAGGCCUAAUAUCAUAGUGGAUGGGGGGACACCCUACGAGGAGGAUAAAUGGAGGACCGUGAAGAUUGAAGACAAUGUCUAGUUUCGAUGAAUAAAAAAUUGUGUAUGGUAAUAUAACUAAAGAUAUCAAGUUGAACACUCACAUUGGUGAAAUUACGACCAAGUCUAACAAAACUCUUGGGUUCCUAAAACGUCAUGUCAAGGUCAGGUCACCAAUCUUAAAGAGAAAGCCUACAACGCUAUCCUUAGGCGUAAGACCAAUAUUGGAAUAAUACCGCCAUUUGGGAUGCGCGAGAGGGAGUUGAAAAUAGUGGCAAUUGGGUUGAAAUGACAAAACGGGAUGGGUUCUGUCAAGAUAAUACCCGUUGGACAGCGUCGCCAAUAUCCUAAACAAGCUUGGAUGGGACGCACUUACAAAGACAAGGGCAAUCUCUCGCCUCAAUCUUAUGUUUAAAAUAGUCAACAGCCAUGGUCUGGGCUUCUCUGAUCUAUAAUGCUUGCCAUUUUAAAGUUGCCCGAACGUGAGCGCCGAUCCGCUUAAGGGAGAAAGGACAGAGGAACCAAUGCGCACUCUAAAUAGGUGAUUCUUCCAUAACACCAAAGUAUGAUAUUUAUGAAAAUUUUGUCAGUGUAUUUUGUUAUAAGGCGCUUAUCUUUGUAAGUCCGUGCAAACUGCGCCAGCUUUGUUGAAGAGAAAGCACGUAGCAUUGUUGGUCCUGUUAAGAAAUGUAUUGAUGUAUGCCACAAAGUGCUGGCUUAUUUAGUUUCUGAUCAACAAGUGAGACUGCGCUAAUAAUGUUGACGGGUUGAUGUUUUUUGUACCGUUGAACAGGAGGAGAGGUUAUGCCGAUGGGAGCAUGAUAAAGAUAUGACAAAGGGGUCACCUCUUUAGUUUCGAACUCCAUGAACUACCACACCACUCUGGGGGCGUUAAAGCAUGUUCCAUAUCGAGCACACUAUUGAAUAUGCUUCAUUCUCAUGUCAUUGAAAAUGCUUCAUUCUCAUGUCAUUGAAUAUGCUUCAUUCUCAUGUCAUUGAAUAUGCUUCAUUCUCAUGUCAUUGAAUAUGCUUUAUUCUCAUGUCAUUGAAUAUGCUUCAUUCUCAUGUCAUUGAAUAUGCUUCAUUCUCAUGUCAUUGAAUAGUGCUUCAUUCUCAUGUCAUUGAAUAUGCUUCAUUCUCAUGUCAUUGAAUAUGCUUCAUUCUCAUGUCAUUGAAUAUGCUUCAUUCUCAUGUCAUUGAAUAUGCUUUAUUCUCAUGUCAUUGAAUAUGCUUCAUUCUCAUGUCAUUAAAUAUGCUUUGUUCUCAUGUCAUUGAAUAUGCUUCAUUCUAAUGUCAUUGAAUAUGCUUCAUUCUCAUGUCAUUGAAUAUGCUUCAUUCUCAUGUUAUUGAAUAUGCUUCAUUGUCAUGUCAUUGAAUAUGCUUCAUUGUCAUGUCAUUGAAUAUGCUUCAUUGUCAUGUCAUUGAAUAUGCUUCAUUGUCAUGUCAUUGAAUAUGCUUCUUUGUCAUUGCUCAUGUCAUUGAAUAUGCUUCUUUGUCAUUGCUCAUGUCAUUGAAUGCUUCAUUCCUCCUUUAUUCUCUUUUUCCCUUUUCCAGGGUCGGACCCGCGAUACGAAGGCAAGGCCUGGUUCGGUUGGGUUGGUACCCCGGAUGCGAUUGGCUUGAUCAAAGUUGGGGACCCUGUGCACGCGAUGUUAGAAAUCAAACAAGAGAGUUUGGAUCAUUAAAACUUUUUGUCUUCACAAAUCCAUGUAAAUGUUUCUGCAAAUCAGGAAUCCUACAUGAUAAACACAUCUUACACAUUACCCAUGGGGGUACAUCCCUUGCUUCCGCUUCUUUUGCUCUUUCGAGAGCAAUCGUAACGUGGGGGGAUCCAGAUAUGACACGCCCUUAGUUACGGUAAACGUGUUUCUCUCGCCCACUCGUUAUUGACUUUAUCUCCAGUGUAUGUGAAUAGAAAAUGGGCACUUGUUCGAAUUUGAGUUUUGAAUGUUCGCGAUGCUUGUAAUUUUUUUAACCUCGUUCCCAGGGCAUUUUUCUUUCUACCGAGCAGGUAGCAAAAACGGGCGGGGUCCAGGGAACAUGUUUGUUUUUAUUUUCGCUGUGUAUAUUUUAGAAAUUAUUUAACUCUGAAUGCGCGAACUUCAGAAAGAAGCCUACUGUUCGUGUAUUUCGUCGGUCUGAUUUCGACCAAUUAUAUAUAUAUAUUUUUUUUUUCUUGCAUGAAAAUAUCAAAUAUAUACUUUUACACUGAUGCAUAUCUUUUUUACGUAUAUAUUAUUAUAUUAAUCGUAUCUUCAGUUAGGGAAAAAGGCUCAUUUUGAUUUCAAUGUUUUGGUGUGAAAUGCUGGCGGCCCAACACAGAAAAAACACCACGAAACUCCAAACUUCCAGCACCAAACGGUAAUAAAUCACCAAUUGUUCUACAUUGUUCUACAGUCGUGUUUUACAGAUCAGUAGCAGGUUCAUACCGGCGCGCCCAUACUGGCCCUUUUGUAACGGCAUCCGCAUGCCAUGGAUAACCCCUUAGUUAUUUUUAGUCAUCUCAUUACGUCACCAAUCAAUGUAACGCUAGCGAUCACGUGACCUUAGCUUUAUAAACGCAGCAAAAUUGUAAAGCCCCUAAGGCUCACAGAAAUUCGACGGGUUCACACGGGUUUAAGUUAGCGCCGCCCUAGGCCAAGCUUGCUGUAAAGCUUACCAAGUUCUUACACGCAAUAAAACGCUAGCCUUGUGGAA